ACCUUGCCGAACCUUGUUUAGUGAAUGUCAUUUUACUCUAUAGUUUAACCUAAAUUGAUGAGAAUUAAGGUAAGGAAGGAGUGAUUUCAGUCCAAUUAAUAUUCGAAACAUUACGCGAAUUAUUACUAAAUAAUAUACCAUGGACGACAAUCAGCCAAUUUUUAUUGCUGUAUUAAUUGUGCUUAUUACGAUAGUAUUUUAUCUGAUCUAUAAGCGCAGUAAAACUACUAGAAGAAGUAUAUUAUUAACGGGAAUAUGUGACAGUGGUAAAACUGUAAUAUUCUCCCAGCUGAUUCAUCAAAAAGAUAUUCAAAGUUUCACUUCAAUAAAAGCUAAUAUAGGAGAAUAUGCUUCUAAUAAAACAUCCUUGCUCAUCGUAGAUAUUCCUGGACAUGAAAGGCUCAGGUAUAAAUAUAUAGAUGAACACAAAGCUUCUACUAAGGGGAUUGUUUUUGUGGUUGAUUCUCUAACAAUUCAAGAUGACUUGAAAGAUGCUGCUGAGUACAUCUUCAAUAUUUUGUGUGACGAUGUAUUAAGGAAGAAUAAAGUUAAUGUUCUUAUUUUAUGCAACAAGCAAGAUCAUACCUUAGCUAAAGAGAGUAAGGCUAUAAGAGCAAUGCUUGAAAAAGAAUUGAAUACCCUUCAAAAUACAAAAUCUUUACAAGUGGAAAACUUAGAUCCCAAUUCAAAGAAACUGUCAUUGGGAGAUGAUACAGACUUUAGUUUUCAGAAUUUCGUUCUAAAUGUGGAAUUUGCUGGAUCCAUUGCACAUCAUUCCAAAAAUGGAAAAAAUAAUAUUGAUGAAUUAGAAAAGUGGUUGGCCAAAUUGGCAUAGUAAUCUUUUUUAUGUUGAAUGUUUCAUAUUUAUUAUUGAAAUCUUUUUGAUAAUAAACAAUAUAGUUUAUUUGUUAUUAUUAUGGCUAAACAUAAUCAUUAAUAAUAAACAUGACCAAAAAAUUCA